UGAUAUUCUUGUUGAGUACUAAAAGUUGUAGUCGUUCGAACUAGAAAUAAUCUGCAGACACGAGCGGUAACGCCAUACAUAAAGAAAAAAAGUUCGCAGAAAGCGCAGCCCUUAGCCUGAGUCCACUCGAUGCUCCCGAGUUCAGCUCUCUUGCCUCUCGCCGUGCAUACCGAGGUGAAGACAAUGCUUCCCGGAGGAUGCUGGGGGCAUAGCUCCCCCAUCAACCUUCACCUCGGAAUGGAGUCUAUGGGCACAUUCUCUUCUGAUGAUUAAGAGAGGGAGAGAACACUCCAAUGGAUAUCACACAGCAGAUGAUUAUAUAUGUCCGUGAUGGGGAAGAAAUUUCUCUCUUAGAAGCUAUAAAGAAUGGAGGCAACCCCAAGGUCAUCCUUCCAGACAGGGAUGAAGAUGCAGGUGGAGGAACUCUCCUCACGUUAGCAGCUACUUGUGGUCAUCAUCAUCUGAUCUUGCCACUGAUAGAAGCUGGAGUUUCUGUGAACGACACUGGAAACAGAAGUCGCACCCCCCUACAUGAAGGAGCUGCUGCUGGAAAUAUUGAAGUUGUUAGAAAAUUACUCUUUGCAAAGGCUGACAUAGAGGCUGUUAGUCAGAGUGACAAUGGAACUCGUCCAUUACAUCUGGCUGUUCGUGCUGGCCAUGCAGCAGUAGUCUCUUUGCUUUUAAAGGAGGGUGCAGAUGUAGAGGCUCCAGACAACGAUGGUUGGGGUCCACUUCAUGAUGCCAGUUACCAUGGACAUGAAGAAAUAAUAAAGAUUUUGAUUCGUGCUGGUGCUAACACUGAGGCCGAAGCAUAUGGAGGAUGGACGCCUCUACAUCGAGCAUCUCUGUGGGGCCAUAAAGAGGCUGUUCAGGCCUUACUUGAUUUAGGGGCUGAUGUGGAACAUGCUGGUGUUUUCAAAUCUCGUGCGGUUCACUAUGCUGCAAGUCGUGGCCAUAUACAUAUCUUAGAGAUACUCCUUGAACAUGGUGCUGACUUAAAUGCCCUGGAUGCAAACAAAGGAAAUCCUGUACACAGUGCUGCUGGAGGCGGUAGACUUGCCACUGUUGUGUGGUUGGUGGAAAAAAAUGUGCAACAUGAUCUGAAGGACAAGAACUCAAGGACACCUGAAGAUAUGGGACAGCUGUAUGGUUACCAUCAUGUGGCAUACUGGUUGCACAAGCAGAAUACCAGUGAAGAUACUAGAGAGCAUACACAAGUGGAAAUAAGUCGGGAGGAAUAUGAACGAAUUGGAUCCAUAACCCUCAAAUGGGCUAGAGAAGGAAAUUUAUUUUUUAUCACCAAUAACCUACCAGCACGGCCUUAUCGAAUUCAUUACCAAGAUGAAAAUGGAUGGACACCUUUGCAUCAUGCAGCCUUUAAUAACCAGGUGGAUGCAGUAAAAGCUCUCCUGGAGAUGGGUGCCCUUUGCUCAAGUUGCACUCAUGCUCAGGAAACUGCAGCUGAUAUUGCCCAGUCUCAAGGCCAUUCAGAAUUGUCUAAUAUUCUCCAAAUGAGAACCUCAAACUUGCUAAGUAUAAAAACUAGGCUUGAAAGGGUUCAAAUGUAUGGUCGUCUGCUGAGGGAAAUAAGUUGUGCUGAACUUCUCAGUCAUGGAUCUACUAACGACAAGAUAGACAUGCAACAUCGGCACAAUGUUGUAAAAAAUAUAUCUCACCUUAUUGAUAAUGGAUCACCUCUGCAGCCCGUUGGAGGCCACACUGUUGUGGCACUUCAUUUAGCUAUUACCUCAAACUGUACAGAUCUACUACCACUGUUAUUGAGUUCAGGGGCUCCUCUGACUACCACUUCCAGUGGCAUGAGUGUGCUUCAGCUAGCUUGGAUGUGUCCAGAUGUUACCACACACAUUGCAGUCAUGGUGACAAGGAUAGUAAUCCACAAAUUGAAGGAGGAAGCAACACACAUUGGUUCAGAGGAGUUGGCAGAUGAAGAACUCAAGCAUGGUAUAAAUUUAAUGCUGAAAAAGAUGGAAGGGAGUCAACCAUGGUGUGCUGCAUGGCCAUCAAAUGGACGUGAAACUAAGAAACUCACUGACCUGCUUGUUCGUGCCUCCCGAUGGGGAAUACCGUUGACAGCAUCUUUUAUACAGAGAGCUGGUGGUUCUGUAACAUCAUUAGAUGUUACUGGUUCAACUGCACUUCAUUCUGCUCUUGAUAAUGGUCAUAUGAAGACUGCUAAGACUCUGAUUCAACACAUGGGAGCUAAUAUUUUUCUUCAAGAUGCUAAAGGACGCCUUCCAUUUCAUUUAAUGGCAGAAGAAGAUGGGCAAUAUAUGAUGGAGGAAGCCUUGAGCCAUGACUAUCGUAUCCUUGUAUCACUGAGGGAAAAGGCUCGAAGUGAAGAAGAAAAGCAGACAGCAUCAUGUGUCCUUAUCUUGCUGGCCAUUUUGUAUGUGGAGGUUAAUCUUGAGUCUAGAGGAGUAGUAAGAAAUGACUCAUGGAAAGAAGUCUUUGCCUUUACAAUAUCAUUGAUCAAAGGAGAAAAUAGCAAACUCAAAGAUAAUGCUGAUGAGAUUUCAGAUAAUGAAUGGUUGAUUUGUUUACUGGAUGACCUAAAAAAUCAUUUUUACAGUGAAAGUAAGCAGGAAAGUGAACUAAGUGAAAUAGGGCAAAAUAGAGAGGGCAUAAGCACAAUGACUGAUAAAGACAUACAAGAAGAUUUUGAAACAGAAGACAUGUAUUUCUUUUCAGUUAUUGAUGUAAUUAAACAAAGACUCUUGGGUACUAGUGAUGAUAUUAGUCAAUUUGAAUUGGAUGUUGAUAUGAAAAAUCUUUUGUUGAAAGCAGCUUAUAUCAGCUGUGAAUCAUGCUUACCCCUUCUUCUUCACUUACUGUUGACCAUUGGUGGUCUUCAUCCAGACACUAUUUUAGAUCCUUUGUGUGGAUCAACAGCAUUGCAUUUGACUGCUUGGCGUGGACACUUGGGAUUGUGUGAGUAUCUUCUGAGUUGCCAAGCUAGCAACACUGCAUUGGAUCGAGCUUUAAACACUCCAGCCCACCUUACCUACAUGUUUGGACAUUCUGUGGUUGGUGGUUGUCUGUUAGAUGGUGUCCAGGAUUGGAAGAAUAGGGCAGGGAGAACACCCUCAAAAUUGUAUGUGAAUUUUAAGAAAUAUGUUUCCUUAUAUGGUCUUGAUAAGAUAAUUCCAGUUAAGGUUAAUGAACAAAAUAAUUGUGCUGCACUUAUAAAGGCACAUCUUGAGGAGUUCAGAAAGUGUUGGCCAGAUAUUUCAUUGGCAGUGGAAAAACAUCAUAUUGAUUUUACAAAAGGUGAAGCACAACAAAUUAAGGAAAGUGUAUUCAGGAAUCUUCAGAAACUUCUGAGGAAGGUUGGGGAAAUAGACCCACUGUUUGAAGGUGAAGUUAUUAUACUUGGUAGCAGUGCAGAUAACCUUCGAUUGUUUGCACCAGAUGAAUAUGAUUGUAAUAUUGAACUUAAAAACAUCAGUGGUUUCUCUGGAGGAGGACUGAACAUUGAAAUUGUACCAAUUCCUCCAUCAGAUGGAUUUAAAGGCCAUGAGAAAUCUUUGAAAGUAUCUCCAACAAACAAAGAAUUAGAGCAACUUUUCAAAGGAUCAAAUUUUGGGGAAACUUUUGCCAAAUAUUUAAUGCAGUCAUUAGAUAACUUUGACCUUUGUGAUGAUCAGUUAAACCUUUUGCCUCCUACAGUAAGGAAAACACAAGUUGGAGUGAAUAUAUCCUUUUCCUGGGAAGGUGCUGAAUUUCCAUUGCUGUUUAUUAAUGUAGAUUUAGUUCCCACGCUAAAAGCACCCUGGCAUAAAAAUGAACCAAGGCCUUCAUUAACACCUAAAAAUUUAGAUUUGGUACAUGUAAGUCAGACUGGUAAGAAUGAGUGGCGCUACUCAUUUGCUGUGGCAGAAAAUAUGAUAUUAUUUUCCCUAUCUUCUGAUCAACGCAGGGUAUUUCUGGCUUGCAAGCUCAUGAUAACAAAUCUUAAAACUGAGUCUUGGGCACCACGUGACUUAAAAGAGCAGUACACAUAUUGGGUUGGUCAUAGGUUUAAGAUACCUGCCCCAGCUGGCUUCAUAUUGAAAACUGCAUUCAUGAAGGAAAUGGAGGAAAUACAGGAUGAAUCCAUGUGGGGGAAAACUUUUCUUUUUGAGAGAAUGUGCUCAGUCUUUCAGAGAAUGUGUAUAGUAGAUACAGACCCAAAUAGUGGCAAAAGAAAAUACUAUCAUGCCAAGAUGAGUCCAUAUUUUGGGGGAGAUGUUGAAAAGCCCACUGUAGGUCUUAGUGCUCCGGAGAUUUUAAAUUUUCUAGAAUCAUGGUAAUUCACAAAUCACUACCCUUCAAACAAAUGUUGACCCUAUGAAUAUUACAUAGCCAAUUCAUAUUCAUAUGCACAUGUCCACACACACACACACACACACACACACACACACACACACACACACACACACACACACACACACACACACACACACACACA